AUGUGUACUAUUUCAGGUGACAUAGGCAAUUAUUACUAUGGGCAAGGACACCCCAUGAAACCUCAUCGUAUACGUAUGACCCACAAUCUACUGCUUAAUUAUGGCCUUUAUCGCAAGCUUGAAGUUUAUAGGCCAACCCCGGCCACUUUCGAAGAAAUGACCAAGUACCAUUCCGACGACUAUAUGAUGUUUCUCAAGAACAUUCGACCGGAUAACAUAUCUGAUUACACGAAGCAGAUGCAGCGCUUCAAUGUCGGGGAGGACUGUCCUGUAUUCGAUGGAGUCUUCGAAUUCUGCCAGUUAUCAUGUGGGGGAUCUUUGGCUGCUGCAACAAAGCUCAACCGCAAACAUGCUGAUAUUGCUAUUAAUUGGAUGGGUGGUCUUCAUCAUGCGAAGAAGAGUGAAGCCAGUGGAUUCUGUUACAGUAACGACAUAGUACUGGCCAUACUCGAGCUACUCAAACAUCAUCAACGUGUUCUCUACGUUGAUAUCGAUAUUCAUCAUGGAGAUGGUGUGGAAGAAGCUUUCUACACCACCGAUAGAGUGAUGACGGUGUCGUUCCACAAGUAUGGGGAGUAUUUCCCAGGAACCGGCGAUCUUAAGGACAUCGGAGCCGAGAAAGGAAAAUAUUACGCUCUCAACUUUCCAUUACGUGAUGGCAUUGAUGAUGAUACCUACGAGGUCUGGUAUAAU